CCCUCCAUCCCUCCAUCCCUCCGCCGCCUCCCCGCGCCGCUGCGCUGCGUCUCCGGCUGGAUUUUACGCAGCGCCACGCGCCGCUCGUGUGCCAGCAGGAGGAGAGGAGCGCAGAAACUCAACAGUUGCUUGUUGUUUGCAUGUCGACUGCGUUUCCCUGCCAUGUGGAGGCUACUGCAACCGCGCUGCCGCUGCUGGUGGAUUUUGUCCCUGCUGCUCCCGGCCUGGGCCGGAUGUCAUCCCGCGCUGACAGCAAGCCAAGGCGAGUCCCAAGCCCCGGUCCAAGGCCUCCUCAGGGCCACGGCAGGCGGAGCACGAGUCCGGAGAGCCACCGGCGAGGAGACCUACUGGGCCUACUCAGGUAUUUACGGCCCAGACGAGGGCUGGGCGGCCGCCUACCCGGAGUGUCGAGAGAGAAACCAGUCGCCAAUCAACAUCGUGGACCAGGACACCAAGAUAUCCACCGAGUACCAGGAACUGACCCUGGAGGGCUUCGACGCAGAAUCCUCCAACAAGACGUCUAUGAAGAACACUGGGAAAACAGUGGCCAUUAUGUUGAAAGAUGAUUACUUUGUUCGGGGAGCCGGGCUACCUGGGAGGUUUAAAGCUGAGAAAGUGGAGUUUCACUGGGGACCCAGCAACGGAUCUGAAGGUUCUGAACACGGCGUCAACGGCCGGCGUUACCCAGUGGAGAUGCAGAUCUACAUGUACAACUCAGACGACUUCGACAGUCUGAGCGCGGCGCUCAGGGAGAAGCGGAUCAUUGCUGCCAUGGCCGUGUUUUUCCAGGUGGGAGGGAAGGACAACCCCGCCGUCGACCCCAUAAUCCACGGCUUGAAGGGCGUGGUUCAUCACGAAAAGGAGACUUUCCUGGAACCGUUCGUCCUGAAGGACCUUCUGCCAUCCUCACUGGGAAGUUACUACCGUUACACCGGCUCCCUCACCACCCCCCCCUGCAGUAAGGUGGUGGAGUGGAUCGUCUUCAGCAGACCCAUCUACGUCUCCUACAAACAGUGGAGGCGUUACUCCAUCUUCACCACGGAGCGCAGGACCACGUCAAGUCGGUGGAGUCUGCGCAGCAACUUCAGGCCCACGCAGAGUCUGGACAAACCGCCACGUUUUCAAGUCGGCCGUCAAAGACUGGAUGCCGACUGACGGACGGCGGCGGCGGGCCGUACGGCACCGAAGCGCUCCAAAGUGUGCAGCAGUGCGCCCAUCAACAUGAAGGUGCAGCACGUCAACGGCAGCGCCCUGGUGGUGCGCUGGGCCC